GAUAUUCUUGGCUAGAGGGUUUUUAUAGAACCCUAACGAGGGGGAGAUUUUGCGAUGGCGAUCCAGCAUGCAUUGUCCUCCCCUUGCUCGUCUGCUGUGUCUGGGAAGCGCGGAUCAAGCGCCGCAGCUGGCGAGCGUCAUGGAUUUCGUGGAUCGCAGCUCCGAUUUGGCUACCGGCAUCGGAAAUGCGGCCGAUCGCUGCAGGUUUUCUGUUGUCAGCCGGCGCCUGCAGCUGCGACGGAGAUGGAAGGUGUCGCUGGCGCGCUGUUUGAGCGGCCAUGGAAGACUAAAGACACAAGGCUUGUUCUUCAGGAUGGAUCAGUGUGGAAUGGCAAGUCUUUUGGAGCUUCUGGAACGCAAGUCGGAGAAGUUGUUUUCAAUACUGCCAUGACCGGGUAUCAGGAGAUUAUCACUGAUCCGAGUUAUGCUGGCCAGUUCGUGGUUAUGACUCAACCGCACAUUGGGAACACUGGCGUCAAUUUUGAGGACGAGGAAUCCAGUAAGUGCCAUCUUUGUGGUCUAAUUGUUCGAAGCUUAAGUGACCGCGUUUCAAACUGGAGGGCUACUCAGACACUGGCAGAAUAUUUACAAAAGAGGAACAUCAUGGGCAUAUCCUAUCUGGACACCCGAGCUAUCACCAGAAGAUUGAGAAAUGAUGGAAGUUUGAAUGGGGUCCUCAGCACUGAUGCAACAAAAACGGAUGAAGAGCUCUUACAUAUAGCUCAAAACUGGACCAUUGUUGGGAAGGAUUUGAUCUCAGGUGUAAGCUGUACACGGCCUUAUGAGUGGAAAGAUACUACACGCCACGAAUGGGAGUUUAGCAAGGACGCGGUUGCAGCUUGUGACAAGCUACAGGUUGUGGCUUAUGAUUUUGGUGUCAAGCAUAACAUAUUGCAGCGCUUGGCUUCUUAUGGCUGCAACAUCACGGUGGUGCCGUCAAACUGGCCGGUCUCGGAAGUGAUGAAGUUAAAACCAGAUGGCAUUCUUUUCAGCAAUGGACCCGGUGAUCCAUCUGCGGUACCAUAUGCCGUCGAAACGGUGAAGGAGCUGCUGGGACAGGUUCCAGUGUUUGGCAUUUGCAUGGGGCAUCAACUCCUGGGACAAGCACUGGGUGGAAAAACGUUCAAGAUGAAGUUUGGCCAUCACGGUGGUAACCAUCCUGUUCGCCAUCUUCCUACGGGACGUGUUGAGAUUAGCUCCCAGAAUCACAAUUACGCUGUGGAUAUUGCGACUUUGCCGGAGGGAGUGGAGGUCACUCACGUCAACUUGAACGACGGAACUUGUGCCGGGUUAACGUACCCGGCCAUGAAGGUGAUGGGCAUACAAUACCACCCGGAGUCGUCUCCAGGCCCGCAUGACGCUGAUCCAGCGUUUUUUGAGUUUGUUCAAAUGAUGAUACAAAACCGGCUGCUGCAAUGACAAGAUUUUGAUUGAAGGAAACCCGUGAUCGUUUCUUUCAGCCCGGAGUAAAUAAUACCAUGGUUUUUGGGGGGUCAUGGACCGAAAUUGUGAUUGCCCGUCUCACUCCGGAAGGAACCAUUUGGAAAUAAAUGGCUAAGGUUUUGUGUGACCGUUGGAUUGGA